CACAUUGGUUGAGUAAAGAAUUUGAAUUAAAUGAAAUCUUACUUUGCUUGAUUCCGAUGCCAUAUCCUCAUAUCAGUCAAGCAAUCAGAGAAUUUCUUAUUCAAAAAGUUCAAGAUUUCAAUCUACAAGAUAAGAUUUUGUGUGUCAUUACAGAUAAUGGUAGCAAUAUGGUAGCUGUCAUAAGAGAUUGGGAUGGCAUAGAAAGAUUACCAUGUACUGCACAUACCUUGCAAUUAUCUGUCAACCACACCCUAAAGAAAAACCACCAACAAAUUCAUCGAAUUCGAGAAUUGGUUAAGCUUUUUGACUCAUCCAAACAAAGCCAAAGGUUGGAUGCUGCACAAAUUGAAAUAUCCAAGCAAAAACGACGAAAUGACAUACCUUCACAUGAUCCAAUUUUAUCUGAUGACUCUGAUUAUGAUGGUGAUUCAGAAGAUGUGGAAAAUGAGGUAUCAACUAAUUAUCCUAUUGAUAAAUUUAUUUCUAUAUUAAAAAAUGUCAAUGAUGUUCCAACCCAUGGCUUUCAGCAACAUUACCAUUUUGAGAUGAUCCAGAUGCACGAAAAGAUGGAUGAAAACUGCAACAAUUGUGCUUCUGAAUAUUUCAGUGCUGGACGAUAUCCUACCAUAGCAUUUAUCCAUCCUUUAAUGGAACCAAUGAAAUUUCAUUAUGCUCAAAGUGCAAAUUUUGAUGAGAAUGGCUAUGAAAAUGAAGAAGUAUACAAUUUUGAUUCGGAAUCUGAAGAUUCAUCUGAAAAUGAUCUGGUCGUUGCCACUGAGUCCCAACCUAAUACACAAUCUCUUAACAAUCAAGAAAACCAAUUAGAAAGUGAUUCCAAGUCAAUUAUAAAAGAAAUACAAACAAUUAUUUACAACUCACUAUUUGAAUAUUGGAACUGUCCAUCAAAAAUUUGCCUUCUUGCUACAUUGUUGGAUCCUCUAUUGAAAGAAAUGAGCUUUGCAAGUGACAAGAUUUGUAAUGACACCAUUCAUGAAUGUCAGAAACAACUUUACCAAUUGAUACAACCACCAACUGUAGAACAUACCACUUCAUCCAACUCAACCACCCUCUCUUUUAAUAACAUGUUUGCAAAUGUUAUAUUCGGGACUCAAAGAUCAAGUUCUUUGGAUGAAUUAGAUUAUUACCCUGAUUUUAGAUGA